AAAAAUAUAAAUAUACAUUUAAAAUCGUUUUCUAUUUUUGAAAACUGCGUGAACUAUUCAUGUUUGAUGAGGUUAUCUUGUAUACUAGAUGUGAACUGUUUUCAGAAUAUUAGAAUGUUAUAAGAAUCUGUUCUCUGGAUACUAAGACCAAGUAAGGAAUGUCCUGGAGCACCUACACCCCGUCAAAUCCAACCUUGUUACCUAGAACAUGUGACCCUGUCUGGUUCGGAGUUGACAAACCAAUAGAUGAGGAGUCAAUCCUAGCAAGGGAGGAGGCAGAACAUGCCCAGGUUAUGAGUAGAAUCGCACAGAAGGGUUCCGAUAUAAUUCCUAUUGGUAAAACAAGUCCAGAUACUCUACACGAACCAGAAGAGGAGGAGGACGAGGACGAGGAUAGUGAGAGUGAUCACGAGGACGAGGAUGAUGAAGAUGUAGAUCUUGGAAACAAUUUCGACCAGGAGGACAAUAAUCAGAAUUAAUAUGUACUCACUUGUGAGAAUUAUAACAGGGGUGUUACUUCUGAGAAUACACAGUUGUUUUACAGCUAUAGUGCCCAACCUAGAUACUCCGUCUAGGAAAACAGUUGAAUGUGAAUUCCAUGACUCCGUGUGUGUGAAGAAAGAUGAGAACAAUCCGUCCUGUUAUGGAACACGGAACUGUUAUGAUGAACCUGAAGCUGCCGGGAACCUAGAAGCGUUCUGCUUCACGGUUUGGCAGAAUGGGACGGGUUCCGGAGCGGAUACUUUUAAGAUUAAGAAACAGGGUUGUCUCUUCAACCAUGGAAGCUCUCAGGAGCAGUGUAGGAACAGAACAGAUUGUGUGGAGGAAGGAAGUGUGAAUAAGAAUCAUAUGUUUUGUUGUUGCACUGGAAACAGUUGUAACAGAGAUUUCAGAUGGGAACCUUUGACAAUUGAGACGACAAGUCCUCCAAUCCUUGCUCCCGCUCAACCAUCAGGGAAGUUUUAUCUUCUUCUUUACUCUGCAGUUCCCGUUCUAGUUCUACUAGUGAUAGGACUAGCUGGAGCAUAUAUAUACAAGCAGAGGAAGAGUAGUCAGUUUAGUUCCUUGUCACAGAGUGAGGAUGGUCCUGUUUCUCCUCCUACUCCGACCAUAAUCCACAGGCCCGUACAGCUGCUUGAGAUCAAGGCUCGCGGAAGGUUUGGAGCUGUAUGGAAAGGGCAUCUGGGCGGUGAACAGGUUGCUGUCAAGAUUUUCCCUCUUCAGGAUAAACAAUCCUGGUUUGCUGAGCAGGAGAUCUUCAACCUUCCUCAGAUGUCUCAUGAGAAUAUUCUCCGAUUCAUAGGUGUGGAUAGGAGAGGAGAGAGUCUACAACAGGAGUUCUGGUUAGUUACAGCUUUCCAUGAGGGUGGUUCUCUUUGUGAUUUCUUAAAGAUGAACACCGUUAGCCUCGAGGAACUGAGUAAAAUGUGUCUCGGUAUUGCCGCUGGUCUCACUCAUCUUCAUACAGAGAUUCCUAGUAUCCGAGGUUCAGGAGUUAAACCCGCCAUAGCACACAGAGAUUUCAAAUCCAAGAACGUUCUGGUAAGAUCUGAUAUGGUGGCUUGCAUUGGAGACUUCGGCCUUGCUCUUCAGUUUAAACCUAACGAAAUAGUUGGGGAUACACACGGACAGGUUGGAACCCGAAGAUAUAUGGCCCCAGAGGUACUAGAGGGAGCGAUUAACUUCUCUCGUGACGCAUUUCUACGCAUAGACAUGUACGCAUGUGGGUUGGUACUCUGGGAAGUAUUGUCUAGGUGUAAAGAUAUCGGUCAGGUUGGACCCUACAAGCUCCCGUUCGAGGCUGAAACUACUCCUCAUCCAACCCUGGAGGAGAUUUCAGAACUGGUCGUUCAUCAAAAGGUGAGACCAGAUCUCCGGGAGAUAUGGAGAAAACAUGAAGCUCUUUCCAUCCUAUGCGAAACAAUUGAUGAAUGCUGGGAUCAUGACGCCGAGGCUCGUCUCUCUGCCUCCUGCGUACUGGAAAGAUUGUCUCUAAUGAAAUCUGUCCUUACCAGUAUGAACACUAUCAACGAAGACCAGGAAACCCGUUUACUCAGUCAGGAAACAAUAAACAACAGUUAUAACGUUCAAAUCUCACAACCCAGCUCAGGAGACUUCAUUCUUCAACCUUUUCAUUCAGAGAAUAUUCUAGAAAACUCAGAGUAAAUGCGGGAGAGAUUGUUUUGAGAACUGAAUAAACUCAAAGAACAAACUAGAGAACUCAGAGAAUUACUUGAUAACUUAAAUAUACUUCAGAACUCGGAUACUAUACGUUUUAAACGGAGAACAUUUCAGAUCUAUCUUUAAUGACAUUCUAGAUCUAACUUGGAGAAUAUUCUAGAUCUGACUUGGAGAAUAUUCUAGAUUUGACAUGGAGAAUAUUCUAGGUCUAACUCGGGGAAUAUUCUUGAUUUAACUCGGUGAAUAUUCUAGAUCUAACUCGGAGAAUAUUCUAGAUCUAACUUGGAGAAUGUUCUAGAUCUAACACGGAAAAUAUUCUAGAUCUAACUCGGAGAAUAUUCUAGAUCUAACCUGGAGAAUUUUCUAGAUCUAAUACGGAAAAUAUUCUAGAUCUAACUCGGAGAAUAUUCUAGAUCUAACCUGGAGAAUAUUCUAGAUCUAACCCGGAGAUUGUACAAUGAAAUAAAGUGAAAAUCUAACAUACGUGAAAUCAAAUCUUUAAUUAUAUCUCUGAACUGAUGUUGGUUUAAGAAGUAUUACCGAAAUCAAAGAAUAAAUAAAUAUUUUGUCCCGAAAUCUAAUUUCAAAAAGAUUAUUUAUAUUUAAGUAUUGUAUGAAUACUUCAUGUUUUGAGAUUGAAUAUUUUGCUUGAGUUGCAUUGACGAAGCUACGUUGCUGACUAUUAAAAGUUCAGUUUCACGACAAAAAAAAAACAGCUGCAUUAAAUAGAUAUCAUUGUCCGCUAAACAACAUUGAUAUAUGAGUAAAUCAGUACAAAUAAAUGUUUCUAAACUUGA